AUGUAUCAUAAGAAUAAUCCAUCAUGUUUCUUUUUUGAUCAAGUUAAACCAGUAAGGCGGGAAAUUAAUGAAUAUAAAAAAUCUUUGGUGUAUAACAUUAAUACUAUUCAUUUACAUUCUGAGAAUGCCGUGUUAAUAAAUAAUAAUACAAAUGACCAGUUAUUAAAUGAUACAAAGUAUAAUUGUAGUUCCACAAAGAAUACUAGUCGUCCUAUAACAUUAGCAUCUACAGGAGAAAAAACGAUAAAUCCAAAAGAACAAUUAAUAAAUAAAAAAUCAAUUUUAAAACAGUAUGAUUAUUAUUCGUGGGUUGAAAUGAGUGAACAAAUCAUAAAAGACCUUUCAAUUUGUUUACAUCAAGAAAAUGUCAAAGAAAUAAAACAUCCUAGAAUAUUAGAUUAUCGUUUAGAUGAAACAUGGGAUGAAUUGAUUUCUAUGGUGGAUUCCAAUUCAAGAGAUUGGCAAUUACCUGCAAUAAGAAAUGCAUACAAGAUAUGGAUUCAACUGUUUGAGCCUUCAGUUCUAACUGGUAAACGUUUCUGUCUGAAUUCACACAUCUUUACUAGUGAACAUCUAAGAAAUAAAUUACUAUCAUCAUCAUCAUCAUCAUCAUCAUCAUCAUCAUCAUCAUCAUCAUCAUCAUCAUCAUCAUCAUCAUCAUCAUCAUCAUCAUCAUCAUCAUCAUCAUCAUCAUCAUCAUCAUCAUCAUCAUCAUCAUCAUCAUCAUCAUCAUCAUCAUCAUCAUCAUCAUCAUCAUCAUCAUCAUCAUCAUCAUCAUCAUCAUCAUCAUCAUCAUCAUCAUCAUCAUCAUCAUCAUCAUCAUCAUCAUCAUCAUCAUCAUCAUCAUCAUCAUCAUCAUCAUCAUCAUCAUCAUCAUCAUCAUCAUCAUCAUCAUCAUCAUCAUCAUCAUCAUCAUCAUCAUCAUCAUCAUCAUCAUCAUCAUCAUCAUCAUCAUCAUCAUCAUCAUCAUCAUCAUCAUCAUCAUCAUCAUCAUCAUCAUCAUCAUCAUCAUCAUCAUCAUCAUCAUCAUCAUCAUCAUCAUCAUCAUCAUCAUCAUCAUCAUCAUCAUCAUCAUCAUCAUCAUCAUCAUCAUCAUCAUCAUCAUCAUCAUCAUCAUCAUCAUCAUCAUCAUCAUCAUCAUCAUCAUCAUCAUCAUCAUCAUCAUCAUCAUCAUCAUCAUCAUCAUCAUCAUCAUCAUCAUCAUCAUCAUCAUCAUCAUCAUCAUCAUCAUCAUCAUCAUCAUCAUCAUCAUCAUCAUCAUCAUCAUCAUCAUCAUCAUCAUCAUCAUCAUCAUCAUCAUCAUCAUCAUCAUCAUCAUCAUCAUCAUCAUCAUCAUCAUCAUCAUCAUCAUCAUCAUCAUCAUCAUCAUCAUCAUCAUCAUCAUCAUCAUCAUCAUCAUCAUCAUCAUCAUCAUCAUCAUCAUCAUCAUCAUCAUCAUCAUCAUCAUCAUCAUCAUCAUCAUCAUCAUCAUCAUCAUCAUCAUCAUCAUCAUCAUCAUCAUCAUCAUCAUCAUCAUCAUCAUCAUCAUCAUCAUCAUCAUCAUCAUCAUCAUCAUCAUCAUCAUCAUCAUCAUCAUCAUCAUCAUCAUCAUCAUCAUCAUCAUCAUCAUCAUCAUCAUCAUCAUCAUCAUCAUCAUCAUCAUCAUCAUCAUCAUCAUCAUCAUCAUCAUCAUCAUCAUCAUCAUCAUCAUCAUCAUCAUCAUCAUCAUCAUCAUCAUCAUCAUCAUCAUCAUCAUCAUCAUCAUCAUCAUCAUCAUCAUCAUCAUCAUCAUCAUCAUCAUCAUCAUCAUCAUCAUCAUCAUCAUCAUCAUCAUCAUCAUCAUCAUCAUCAUCAUCAUCAUCAUCAUCAUCAUCAUCAUCAUCAUCAUCAUCAUCAUCAUCAUCAUCAUCAUCAUCAUCAUCAUCAUCAUCAUCAUCAUCAUCAUCAUCAUCAUCAUCAUCAUCAUCAUCAUCAUCAUCAUCAUCAUCAUCAUCAUCAUCAUCAUCAUCAUCAUCAUCAUCAUCAUCAUCAUCAUCAUCAUCAUCAUCAUCAUCAUCAUCAUCAUCAUCAUCAUCAUCAUCAUCAUCAUCAUCAUCAUCAUCAUCAUCAUCAUCAUCAUCAUCAUCAUCAUCAUCAUCAUCAUCAUCAUCAUCAUCAUCAUCAUCAUCAUCAUCAUCAUCAUCAUCAUCAUCAUCAUCAUCAUCAUCAUCAUCAUCAUCAUCAUCAUCAUCAUCAUCAUCAUCAUCAUCAUCAUCAUCAUCAUCAUCAUCAUCAUCAUCAUCAUCAUCAUCAUCAUCAUCAUCAUCAUCAUCAUCAUCAUCAUCAUCAUCAUCAUCAUCAUCAUCAUCAUCAUCAUCAUCAUCAUCAUCAUCAUCAUCAUCAUCAUCAUCAUCAUCAUCAUCAUCAUCAUCAUCAUCAUCAUCAUCAUCAUCAUCAUCAUCAUCAUCAUCAUCAUCAUCAUCAUCAUCAUCAUCAUCAUCAUCAUCAUCAUCAUCAUCAUCAUCAUCAUCAUCAUCAUCAUCAUCAUCAUCAUCAUCAUCAUCAUCAUCAUCAUCAUCAUCAUCAUCAUCAUCAUCAUCAUCAUCAUCCUCAUCAUCAUCAUCAUCAUCAUCAUCAUCAUCAUCAUCAUCAUCAUCAUCAUCAUCAUCAUCAUCAUCAUCAUCAUCAUCAUCAUCAUCAUCAUCAUCAUCAUCAUCAUCAUCAUCAUCAUCAUCAUCAUCAUCAUCAUCAUCAUCAUUGAAAAAAACAAACUCCUCAUAUGGUCUUGAAAUUGCUGGUGCUUAUACACCUACACCACGAAGCUCAGUAUUUCGUAAGCAAUCAAGUAAGCCAAGCCUUACAAAUAAUGAGAGCAUGGGUAUUCAUGUGAAAACACCAGCUGAAAGAAGUUCAAAUGAUAUGCAACAUACUUCGGAGCGAGCUUCUAAUGUAAGAAAGAUCAAUAAAGAUAAUUCCCCACCAAAAAUUUUAGUGAAUAAUACUCCUUCAGAAUCUUCAAGAUCAACACAGAAAUUCGAUAGUCUGAAAGAUUCUCUGAAACAUUCUUUACCUUUUUCUCCCGAUAAAGAAAAUGAAUCAAGUUCAGGAACGGAGAAAGAAUCGAAAAUUUCUCUUCUUCCCACGAAUCGUUUACAUAUUUCCAGUAAACAUAUUCUGUCUACAGGUGUAGACAGAAGAAUUGAAAGUAGAAAUAAUGGAUCAUUUACUUUACAAUUUAUUAUGAGUUCACCAGAAAGUGUACAAAAGGGAUGGAUAAAUGAAAAUAUACUAAUUAGUUUUAUGAACACAAUAGAGUGGGUAUGUUCACGAUUAACAACCGUUUUGAAGAAAAAUGAAGUAUCUUAUAAUUAUGAAAAAUUACAAUUCCCUCAUUAUUGUGAACCACAAUACAUUCUUUAUUCAAGUUUAUUAAACUUCAAAGAUUUGAAUUUUCUAAUAAAAAAUUCUUUAAUUCAUCGUAAAAUAAAUUCCUAUACACAAAUCAAUUCCCAUAAUAAUGAAAUCAUUCAAGAUACUACUAACAAUCCUAUAUUAGUAGAUAAAAAAAUUAUUGAUAAUAAUAAUAAUGGUCUCAUUCUUUUAUUUAAAGUUGGUUUUAAUAGAAUUAAUGAAAUUCGUAUACCAAUUAUGAAAUUAUAUCAAAUUACAUCAAUGAAUUCAAUACCAAGUUCUUCUUUAAUACAAUUUUAUAAAAAUAAUUUAUUUAAUAUAAUUGAAUAUGAUCUAAUGGACAAUGUAUUAUUAUCAACAAUUACAAAUGUAUAUAUUAUUAAACAAAUACAAUCAAUCUUAUCAAAUAUUGAUUUAUUACAAAAUAAUAAUGAAAAAAUCAAUAAAUCAUCGAAUAUAUUAUUAAAAUUAUAUUUAAAAAAUUUGGCAAAUGUUUUACAAACAAAAAAGAAAAAUAAUCACUAUGCUAAACAUGUACAAUCUUAUCCAUGGUUAUCAUAUUCUACAGAUGGUACAUUAAUAAUUCGGUAUCCUUGUGGUUCACCAGCCAUUAUAUGGUCAUCAAGUCCCUUAAUGUAUCACAAAGCAUGUGAAAAUCUCGAUAAUUCCGAUUCAUCUUCAGUAAAUAAAGGGAAAGUAAAUAAAGCAAGUAAACCUAAACAAUUUCUUCAUAGUUCAUCUACAUCUUUACAAAAAUCAAUCACAAACAUUACUAUUACUACUGAUUCCACUACAACCAAUAAUAGUAGUGGUAUACCAAUGUUAGGAAUGCGGAAUGUUCAACAUCGAACAGGAUUUUAUUUAUCGAUUUUUGAUAUUCCUCGGGUGUUAUCGCAUAAGUCAGAAGUUGAUACGGCCAUUGAUAAAGUUGAUAACAAAUAUAACUCACACAUUUCUAAAUCAUCAUCAACAACAACAGAUAAUGAAAUAUCGACAAACAAUGGGAAAGAUAAUUGUUUCAGUACCGAAUUAAUUCAGAAGUCUAGAAAUACUGCUAGAAAACUAGAUUCUGUUAGAGAAAAUAUAUCUAGUAGUUGUAGUAUGAAUAGUGGCAGUAAUUUUUCCGAAUUUUAUCCUGAACAAACUAAAUUCAAUGACAGUCUGCAAAAUGAAGACGUUGAUGAUAAAAAGUUUAACAUAGGUCCAUUGAUUGCACAUUUUACACCGUCUGGAGAUGGUGUUAUAUAUUAUCCUCAUAAUAUUAAUAAUAAUAAAACAACAAUAUCUGAUAGCACUGACCACAUAAAUAACCUUCAGCCAGCCAAUAUUCACGCCAUUUUUACAAAAGAAUAUUGUUAUGUGUUUAAGAAUUCUAACGGAGAAUUAGAAUAUGAAUUUCCAUCUUUCACAGAAAAAAGUCGACAUGAUCCAACAACAAGAUAUCCAGUUUCAUUAGAUAUAAAUUUUAACCAUUACAUUAGAUUAGUUCGUACGAACUCUCAUGAUUUGACAAUAAUAUUUAAGACAGAAGAGGAUGUGCUACUUACUAUUGAUUGUUUUCAAAACCUCUACUCAAAUGAUUAUCGUGAAUGUGAUACGUAUGAUCACCCAAUGAAUUUUGAGGAUGAGUCAAAACAACACAAACAGCAGUUCGUUUUAUCUAAAUUACCAUUUUUGAGUUCAGUUGUCGAUAAUACAAAUCAAAACAAACAAUUAUUGAUAAGCAGAAAACGGAAAGAAGAAAGUUUACAAAAGUUAUUCAAGAAUAUUCCACCAAAUGAUGAUUUACAAUCACUUUCAAGGCAUCUCACUGAGUCGAUGAAACAGAUAAGAUUUCGUUGUAACCAAUGGCUGGAGAUAAUGCGACACUGCCUAGGUCUUCAGAGACAACGUAUUUCAUCACCACAAAGUGCACACCAGUUAAUUCGAUACAGAAGUCUGGACUAUAUGACAAAACGAUAUGGAACAUUUACAAGUGUAUCAUCUACUAACCGAGCAAGUGAUUAUAACUCAUUGGUUCACUCUGAUAAACUUACUUGUAACUCAUUCGGACAGAAAUCGAUAAGGUUAUCGAAGUCCAAUUCAGCAAGGAAUAUCAACAAAAUACCUUUUAAAAAAGAAUAUCCGGAUACACUCCCUACAAAUGACAAGAAUAAAGAACCACUGAUCGUAAGAAAUGACAAAUCUUCUGAAGCAAUACUUAUGAAUGAAAACUUUACAAGAUCAUUAGGUAUUGAAAACAAUCAAAAAAUGAUGAUGAAAAAACACUACUCAAUUGUUAAUGCAACAGAUAUUUUUCCAGUUGCAUGUCCAUUGUUACUUCGAUCAUGGUUGAAUGAAAUAAAACACUACAAAUAUUUUAAACAUCUAAAUAAACUUAAACAACUAGAUGAGACUACAUUCGAACACAGUGUUGAACUAAACUAUGAUGAAAAUAAAUCACUUGAAACAGCUUUUAUGAAUGUUUUGAUUAAUCCAUCGAAAUUCGACAAUCAGUUUUUGUCAACUUUAAAUAUGAUAUCAAAUAAAGGCUGUCGAUGCAGUCGUCAUAUACCACCGGCUAUCACUGACUUAGAAUUUGACAUAUUCUUGAAUAAAUUGAUACAAUCAUAUCAGGCUGCAGUGAUAAUCGUUUACGAUUCCAGGUUGCCAGAUGGGAUUCAUAUUGGUAUAUGUGAUCUUCUUUGCCAGUUAUAUAUAAAACAACAAAAUACAUUACCAACAUGUAGUCGUACUGUGAAUGAUAAGAUUCAUAUUGUGACUGCAAGUGAUCAUUUCUCAGAAAGAUUAUACGAUAAAUACAAAAUUGCAGGAACUGGAGCAUGUGCAUCAAUAUCUACGAGAAUGGCAGACUAUCGAUUCUUGAUUUAUGAUAUAGCGCAAAAUAUAAAUAAUAAUGAAAAUAAUUCUCAGGAAUGCCCAUUAUUACUAAAAAGAUAUAAUGGACGACCGAAACCGGGUGACUGUUUAAUUUUUAUUCAGGGGAAACUAUGUUUUAUCGGGUCAUCUUUCACAGGCUAUGAAGAGUUACCAUGGUCAAAAGAACAGUUGGAUAAAAAGGUGGCCCAAUGCAGAAACCAAUUGACUAAACAAGGGUUUUCAAUACCUACUGAUUUUCAAUUUGUUUAA